AUGGAGAAAAAGGCUCUAGAUUUAUGCAAGAGAUUUAUUGUCGGUCAAUGGGAAAAUAUAACCAGCGAUGAGAUUGUCGUAAAACAACUCAGCGGUGGUUAUAGUAAUCAAAUAUAUUACUGUUCACUACCUGAGGGUCGGGAACCGGUGGCCAAUGAGCCGAGAUAUGUGGUGCUAAGACUGUAUGGCAUCGGGACUACAAUCCCGGGCGACGACUAUAAGGUCACCGAUAGUCUCAUAACAUUAUUGUUGUCUGAACGGGGUUUGGGUCCCAAACUCUAUGGCGUAUUCCCCGGCGGCCGACUCGAGGAGUUUAUACCCUCUCGGUCAAUGAUAGCCUCAGAGCUCAAAGACAGGGGGCUAAUGGCCAAAGUAGCAAAAAAAUUUGCCCACAUUCACAAACUAGAGGUACCCAUAGAUAAGCGAUCGGACUUUCUAUUCACCACGAUGGAUAAAUGGGUGCAAUCAGUGCUCACACCCACCUGUGCGGACGCACCCACACAACGAUACCCGCGGCCCGAACUGGAGAGGGAAAUGACAACAUAUGACUAUCGCCGGGAACUACAAUGGCUAAGACGAGUGCUACCGGAGUGCGGGUCACCCGUAGUGUUCACACACAACGAUUUGUCGCCGGGAAAUGUGCUUAUAAGCGAUGACCCCCAGGCUUAUGGGGGCGACGGCCUAUUGCUCAUUGACUACGAGUACGCGGCCUAUAACUACCGGGGCUUUGAUUUUGGGUGUCAUUUCACUGAACACCUGUACGACUAUUCGGCGCCCGACUAUCCGUACUAUUGGACAGAUUUUGAUGGCUAUCCGACCGACGAGGAGAAGCGACACUUUAUGUGCCAUUAUAUCAAACAUUCACCCGAUUUGAGCGCCGGGAAGGAGACGGAGGACCAGUUGAUCCGUGAGGCCGACUACUACUCUUUGGCGGCGCAUCUGUUUUGGGCCGUUUGGGCCGUACGACAGGCGCGCACAUCGCAACAGGCAUAUGGUUAUUGGGAGAACUCGAAGGAUAGAUUGAGAGCGUACGAAAAACAUAAAGCAUGUGGCGGUUAUAACAAUCAACUAUAUUACUGUUCACUACCUGAGGGUCGGGAGCCGGUGGCCAGUGAGCCGAAACAUGUGGUGCUGAGACUGUACGGCAUCGGGACUACAAUUCCCGGCGACGACUAUAAAAUUACCGAUAGUCUCAUAGCAUUACUAUUGUCUGAACGGGGUUUGGGUCCCAAACUCUAUGGCGUAUUCCCCGGCGGCCGACUCGAGGAGUUUAUACCCUCUCGGCCAAUGACAAGCCUAGAGCUCAAGGACAGGGAACUAAUGGCCAAAAUUGCCAAAAAGUUGGCCGCAAUCCACACAAUGGAUGUACCCAUAGAUAAAGGAACUGAUUCUUUAUUCACCACGAUGGAAAAAUGGGUGCAAUCAGUUCACACACCCACCGAUGCGGACGCACCCGCACAACGAUACUUGCGGCCCGAACUGGAGAGGGAAAUGACAACAUAUGACUAUCGCCGGGAACUACGAUGGCUGAGGCGAGUGCUACCCGAGUGCGUGUCACCCGUAGUGUUCACUCACAAUGAUUUGGCGCCGGGAAAUGUGCUCAUUUGUGACAACCCCCAGGCCUAUGGGGGCGACGGCCUGCUGAUCAUAGACUAUGAGUGGGCCGCUUAUACCUGUCGGGGCUAUGACUUUGCCAAAUAUUUCACUGAACACCUGCACGACUAUUCAGAGCCCAAUUACCCGUACUUUAGGGUAGACUUUGACGCCUAUCCGACCGAUGAGGAGAAGCGACACUUUUUCCGCCAGUAUAUCAAACAUUCACCCGAUUUGAGCGCCGGGAAGGAGACGGAGGACCGGCUGAUCCGUGAAGCGGACUAUUACUCUUUGGCUCCGCAUCUGAUUGAGUCCCUUUGGGCACUACGACAGGCGCGUACAUCGCAACAAGCUUUUGGUUUUUGGUAUUUAUGUGUAAAUUUGUUUAUUAGCGGUGGUUAUAGUAACCAAAUAUAUUACUGUUCACUACCUGAGGGUUGGGAACCGGUGGCCAGUGAGCCGAGACAUGCGUUGCUGCGACUGUACGGCAUCGGGACUACAAUUCCCGGCGACGACUAUAAGGUUACCGAUAGUCUCAUAACAUUACUAUUGUCUGAACGCGGUUUGGGUCCCAAACUCUAUGGCGUAUUCUCCGGCGGACGACUCGAGGAGUUUAUACCCUCUCGAGCACUGGUGCCACAGGAGCUCAAAAACAGGGAAUAUGUGGGCAGAAUAGCUAAAAACUUUGCCCGAAUCCACACAUUAAAUGUGCCCAUAAACAAAAAACCCGACUAUCUAUUCAACACAAUGGAAAAAUGGCUUAAGACUGUGCCCACACCUACGGGCGCCGACACACCCGCCCAACAGUACCCGAACCCCGAGUUGGAGCGGGAAGUCGUCGGCUAUGACUAUCGCCGUGAAUUACGAUGGCUGAGACGAGUACUACCCGAGUGCGGGUCACCCGUAGUGUUUGCACACAACGACUUAUCUCCGGGAAAUGUACUCAUAUGUGAUGACCCCCUGGCCUAUGGGGGCGAUGGCCUACUCAUCAUUGACUACGAGUGGGCCGCCUAUAACUACCGGGGCUUUGACUUUGGCACACAUUUCAUUGAAAAUCAAUACGAUUUCUCUGUCGCCGAUUACCCGUAUUUUAGGGUAGACUUUGACGCCUUUCCGACCGAUGAGGAGAAGCGACACUUUAUGUGUCAUUAUAUCAAACAUUCACCCGAUUUGAGCGCCGGGAGGGAAACGGAGGACCAGUUGAUCCGUGAGGCCAACUAUUACUCAGUGGCGGCGCAUUUGUUUUGGGCUCUUUGGUCCGUGAGUUUGAUCCGGGCAUCAAAUAUGCAAUUUUGUAAUUGGGUUAGUAAUUAA